AUGGAAGGAUCUUUCAACGCUUUUAUAUUUUCUGGAGACCUGGGAAACGGACGACAUAAAACAGAAGGACUGUGCUUCGAAGACCGGCGUGCAGUUCUUCCGGAAGAAAAGAAGUCCCACGAUUUGAGCUACAUCGACGGCUUCCAGCAACCUAAAGCAUACAUCAGAACAAAAACUCCUGAUUCCGAAGCAACAAUUCAUAACUUUUGGAACAUGAUCUGGGAACAUCAAACUGAGAUCAUUGUCAUGCUGAAUAAACCUGAAGGAGACGAGAAGGGUCUUAUCUAUUGGAACUCAGAAGUGGGAUCUACGUUCUGUUGUGGAAAACUGAAGGUUGAAACAAUUGUAGUUCAACCGAAAUAUUAUAGCUUCAUACAAACGAAACUACUCCUUACACACGAAGAUGGAGGCUCCUUGUACAUAGACCACUUCUUAUUCACGGACUGGCCAAGGCUCAAUUGCUUGCCCUCAAGCGAUGACUUUUUUGAGUUAAUCAGCAUGAUAAGAUUAUACAGUCAAUAUGCCGUGACGAAUAAGCUUCCUAAUGGGGAUAAGAGUCCGAUGGUAGUCCAUUGCAGCGAUGGGCUAAGUCGAUCAAGGGUGUUCCUUGAUAUCGAUUUAUCGAUAUCUCGAGCUCAGAAGACUAAUAAAGUAAAUUUUUCAUCUAUAUAUUCAAAACUCGAACAAGAAAUUUUUAAUCGCACGCAACAUGCAAGGUACUAUUGUUUUUGUUAUUUAGUACUUCGUUUCUAUUUAACGCGUUCUACGAAAGAAGAAUAA